CCGUCGCGUUCUUGAGUCUUAUCGCGUAGAUCGUGUUUCGACCAUUCCGUACGUUUGCGGUUUUUAAGCAGAUUCUGUCUAGCCGACAGCCAUCGCUGCAGCAGUAACAAAGGCAACCGCUCGUCGACGGCUAUUGGACAUUUUUCUCUUGGCCCGAGUAGGUUUCACAUUUUUUGUGUCCGCGCGGUCUGAUCGUGUAGAACGCGUCUUUUGCGAGCCCUACGUGUGUCGUUUGUCCCCCGAUUCCGUUCGUAUACGUCGCCGUCGGAUUUGAAAAGUAAUGUAUUCCAGAACAACAUUGUAUAUGGAUUUAAUAAUAUCAUUUUGAAUACGAUUACUUCUGUAUAAUGUAUUCCUUGCCCCAUGUUCAAAAUGAAACCAAAGAAGAUUAUCAUAUUUUGAUAGUAAAAUUUCACAAUUAUCACUAGAUGAUAUUUGAGAUGAUGAUGGUAUUGGUGUGCAUUAUUCUGAUGUAUCAAGGGUAUUAUAAAUCAUAAUAUCAGUGCAAUUUUAAUACAUUGAAAUAAAAGCGGCGCUAAAUUUUCACCCCGUCCAAAUAAGUCAAACCAGUUCUGCUCAGUAUUUGGGUGCAAUUCACGAUCCAGGUGAAAUCCAGAAUUAAGAUUUCAUCGUUUUCCUAAUGAAUGUGAACAUACUAAAAGAGCACAAUGAGAACAUAAUCUUAGAAAUGGAAAGAAAUUAACUAAGUAUAUGAUGGUUUGUUCAUUACAUUUCAACCGUGAAGACUAUAUAUUACCAGAUACACAUUCAACAAAACGGUAUUUAAAGAAAACUGCAGUUCCUACAUGUAAUCUGCCAACACUAUCUACAUGCAGAGUAAUCAGCUCUAAAGAAAAAGAACAAAAUAAUUCAAGACUAUUAAGGUUUGCAAAAAGAGCAAAUUGUCAAUUAAAAUUUGAAGAUUGUGAAAAUUAUGAUAUAAAUAUUAUUUAUGAAACUUUACCAAAUACUCCAGUGAACGAACAUCUUGAUCUACCAACAACUAGUGAUGUGUCAGUCCAAGUUACUAGUGGUGACAUAAAACUGAACAUUUUAACUUUAAUGGACACUGAGCAAAAGCUAAGUACAUUAACAGUUCUGAAACCAAAGAUAUAUACUAUGUGGUUGAAAACAUUUUAAAUUUCCGUACAAACAAUGGCUAUAACGAAUACUUUCUUAAGUGGAAAGAUUAUGAUGAUUCUUAUAAUACUUGGGAACCUGAAGAGAAUCUUAAC